ACCUCCUCUGCUUCCCGGAAUUCCACACACCCGCACAUUUUCUUCUUCUUUCUCUCUCAGCGCCACCUCCGUUUUAUCAAUUCAAAAUACUGUAUUGGCAGCAGCAGAAGAAGUACGAGGGCGGUUGAAACGCAUAAUGUUCAGAGCGACAGAGCGAUUACAAGAAGCAUUAACAAGCAUUUAAUUUUCUCCCAACCAACAUCAACUGCACCAUUUAUUUCCACCAUUAAUACUCUCUUCACAAGUCAACCUUCAUCAUAUUGCUGUCCUGUUCCUGUUAUUCUUCACCCCCUUGUUCUCAUUUCUGUUUUUUCCUCUCGCAGCAUGCUAAUGAAGUAGUGAUUUUUCGCUUUCAUUUCGCGCACUAUGAUCCUACUUUUUCGCCAAUUAAUCGUUCCUUCACUUUUAUCAGUUUUAGCUCUGACAUCUCUUGCACAGAACUUUAGUUCAGCUGGCUGCGAUCAAUUUUGUGGUACAUCCCGCGUCCCCUAUCCGUUUGGGUUCUCUGAUGGAUGUAAAAUCAAGUUGAAUUGUAGCAGCGACUCUGGGAGUGGGACCAUCAAGAUUAAUGAUUUUCUUGUCGAGAAUGUGACUUCUGAUCAGAUUUUGAUAAGGGUUCCUCCGAAAUGCAACCGUCGGAUUGAAGAAUUGUCCGGGCUUUUCGGCGCGAACUUCGCGCCCACGUGGCGUAACGGGAUUCUGUUAGAGAACUGCAGCGCGCGCGUGAAUGACUGUGUGAUUCCGAGCCGAUUGGUCAGGUCUCGAAUCGGGUUCAAUUGCAAUUCCGGGGAAGGGACUGAUUACUAUAAUGUUAGUUGUUAUUCAGUUGGGCUUGAUGAUGUGUCUGAGUUUUUGGAUUUCGGGAAGGUAACGGCAAAAGGGAAUUGCAGUAUUCUGUUUUCGUCGAUUAUGGUGGAUUCCAAUGAUAGUGGUAAUAGUUUAAGCGGGAGCCCUCCCAUCUCACUGGAUUUUCAGACGGCUGAGCUGGGGUGGUGGGUUGAUGGGGGGUGUGAUUGUGAUCCCAGCGCGAGGUGUACGCGGGUAACACAUGGAGGGAAGAUGGGAUAUCGUUGUAAGUGUAACAAAGGGUAUGCCGGAGAUGGUUUCGCCGGAGGGAAACGUUGCCGGAAAGUUUCUGACUGCAGUGCUGGAGGGUUCAUGUCAGGUCGAUGUCGUGGAUCUACGUUAGGCAUUCUAAUUGGAGGGAUUAUUGCUGGAGUCUUAUUAGUGGCUGUUCUAGCUGUCAUCUGGUACUGUGUAAAAAGACGUGGUGCAACUUUGAAAAGCAGAUUGAGCGCCAAGCAUCUGAUCAGUGAAGCAGCAGGCAGCUCCAAUAUACCCUUCUAUCCUUACAAAGAAAUCGAGAGAGCAACAAAUGGCUUUUCUGAGAAACAACAGCUGGGAACGGGUGCCUAUGGUACAGUUUAUGCAGGGAAGCUCCACAACGAUGAGUGGGUAGCAAUCAAGAAAAUCAGAUAUCGGGAUCAUGACAGUAUUGAACAAGUGAUGAAUGAGAUCAAGCUUCUAUCCUCCGUUAGUCAUCCAAAUUUGGUCCGUCUUUUGGGAUGUUGCAUUGAGAAUGGUGAACAGAUUCUUGUUUAUGAAUAUAUGCCAAACGGCACUCUAUCUCACCAUUUGCAAAGAGAAGGGGGUUCAGUACUUCCAUGGACAAUCCGUCUGACCAUUGCUGCCGAAACGGCUCAUGCAAUUGCUCACCUUCACUCAGCAACGAAUCCUCCAAUAUACCAUAGAGACAUCAAAUCUAGUAACAUUCUCCUAGACUACAAUUUCCAUUCAAAAGUAGCAGAUUUUGGUCUUUCUAGGUUUGGCAUGACUGAUGACUCCCAUGUCUCCACAGCACCACAAGGAACUCCUGGCUAUGUUGACCCUCAAUAUCAUCAGAACUUCCACCUUUCAGAUAAAAGUGAUGUUUACAGUUUUGGGGUGGUCCUUGUGGAAAUAAUCACAGCAAAAAAAGUAGUUGAUUUCUCUCGACCCCACAGUGAGAUCAAUUUGGCUGCCCUCGCAAUCGACAGGAUAGGAAAAGGUCGUGUUGAUGAGAUAAUAGAUCCAUUUCUAGAGCCAAAUAGAGAUGCUUGGACCUUAUCAUCUGUCCACAAAGUGGCUGAGCUGGCUUUUAGAUGCCUUGCUUUUCACAGGGACAUGAGACCUUCGAUGAUGGAAGUGGCCGAUGAGCUAGAGCAGAUCAGGCUGAGUGGUUGGGCACCAUUGGAUGAGAAUAUACUCAUGGGAUCAUCAGUGGCCUCUUCUUGUUCAUCACCAUACCAGGGAAGUGAAAAAUCUUUGAACACUUCGACAACUAGGAAGGCCGGUGCAGGAAGUCGGCGGUUGAUUGUGCCACAGCGGGCAGUGACUGCCGUGCCUACAACAGAAGAGAAGAAGGAUAGUUCGCCAGUUUCUGUACAGGAUGCUUGGUUGAGUGAACAGAGCUCACCAUCAACCAACAGCUUAUUGGGUAAUGUAGCACGGUAACCAAGUAUCAUCUUUUUAACCUUUUUGUGUAUACUUUGUAAGCUUGUCAUGGAUGCUAGAGAGGGCAAGUCUAUAAUUUUCUGGUAUUUCAUAUAGUGUGAAUAGAAAAGAAAAAAGAAACAAGUUAAGCAUUU